AUCAAGAUGCACACUAUGUUGCAGCAUAUUACAAGUACAUGAAGCAUUUCUGUGUCAUGUUCAGAGACAAUACACACUUUGUUUAGAUGACAAAGCUAUCGUUCCCAUUGGAGAGCCAAGUGUUCCGAUUUCUACAGGUGUUAGGGGACAUAACAAGGUUCUAACUCAAAAUGAUGGUCCAAGACUUGUGGCCUCUGACCAUGACUUCCACAUUGGAGGUAUUGUACCGUCAGUGGUACUAGUAUCAGACAUUCCAGAAAAUCCAAGCGAUAGUUUCUUCAAAGGUCAUGUUUUUGUGUCAUCAAAGGAUAAAGUAUUUGAACCAUCGGCACCUUUCCGUCAUGCAAUAGAACUGACAAGAUUGCUUCAAGAAAAUUACUCUGAAAAUUCGCUAGAUUUGGACCACUCUGUAUUGUGUAUUCUGACAGAUGGUGGACCAGACCAUCGCCUCACAUAUGACUCUGUUAAGACGUCAUUGCUGGAAAUAUUCCUUACACUUGAUUUUGACUGCUUAAUAGCAAUUCGCACUGCUCCAAAUCAUAGUUGGAUGAAUCCGGCGGAGAGGUGUAUGAGCAUUCUUAACUUAUCUCUCCAACAUGUGUCUUUAAGAAGGGAGAAAAUGCCUGAACAGUUUGAAAAAAUGGUAAAGGGAAAAGCCUCCUUGGCAGCAGUUAGAAAUCAGGCUGAAAUUCAUCCAGCAUUGAAAGAAGCCUUUCAGUCCAGUAUUAAGCCUACUAUAGAAACAGUCAACAAGCGGUUUGAAAGAAUGAAACUCAAGGGAGAGAAGCUUAAAGUUUAUGCAGGAGCUACCGAAGAAGACAUUGAAAGAAACCUAGACAUUGUAAAGAUUGCUACUGGCUCUGCAAGGACAUCAUUUAGCUCCAGCAGCAAAAGUAAAGACUUCAAGAAUGAUGGUCCUCUUCAGAUGUUCCUGUCAUCUCAUGGGAAAUCAUCACACUACUGCUUCCAGCUGAUGAAAUGUACUGACAGGGACUGCAAGUAUUGUACCAACAAUCCAGUACGUAAUGUGACGAUGUACAAAAGCUGUCGUUCUUGCCGGAGCCAACACCAGAUGCAAGUGGGGCACAUUAUUUGCCAUUUAAGGAGGUGUACGGAAAACCUUUGACUGUUGAUAAAUUCCGUCCCUCAGCUAGAAGCACGGACUUCGAUGAUGAAGCUGUUGAACAGGACAAGAAGAAUAGAGAAAUUCUAAAGGCUACUAAGGCUCGUGAUGUGGUCAGGUGUGCCGAAUGCCGUAAACCCAGGGUUGUGUACAGUCCAAGUAAAACAGACAGAGAACAGGAUGCUCUACUUCGAAGGAUGAAAGAGGAGAAUCUGUACGUCUGUGGUGAUCCCAUGGCAGAUGAUUCAGGUCUGGUCACACUGAGGGCGAGUUACUGCACGUCAGAUGUUGAAAUUGCGUAUUACAGUUCAGGUUUCAGCAAAGUUGUGCCACCAGUAUGUUGUUAUUGUGGAACUGAAGAUUAACUAUUGGAUGACAAUCAUGUCUACAUUCAGGAUAUGUACACAAAAUUCUCCAAAGUGCGUCCACUAUGUAAAUUAUGCCAUGGAAAUGGCCGUGUUGCAAAAACUUGGGGAAAGAAAUUCAUUAAGAAGAGAAGGAUGUAAAAACAUUUAACUCAACUGCAGUGUAAUUAAUUACUUCACAUUCUUGAUUGUGUACAACAGUUAAAUUUAAUUCUGACAGAUUGUAUUGUAAUUGUCAUUGCUUAGUUUUUAGUCAUCUGUUGAUACAAUGUUUUACAUUUGUGAGCAUAUCAUGCUCUGUGGCAUUCAUUUUAUGUAUAAUGGUUCUAGUCAUGAGGCUCUAGUCAAUGAUUAAGUUUUGAUGUUGAACAGGAUUAUUAUGUUUAGGUUUAUUGAAAAUCUAGUCCCCUUAGUUUUAUAAAUGUUUGGUGUUAAGAGGUGAAACAUUUUACAAACUUGUCAAGGAAUAAAACAAUAGAUCAGUGAUACAUGUAUAUGUUUAGCUCAUAACAUUUUACUGACUUAAAAAUGUGCAGCUCAUUCAAGUUCUAUUUUUUCCAAGAGAGUCUGGAUUUUUAUUAUCUCAAUUAUGGUGAUUUCAU